AUGGCUUCUUUCUAUUUAUCUGUCAACUUUCUUGCUCUGGUUGUAUCGGCGAGUUCUGUGAAGACUUCAAAAGGUGUGGUCUUUCUUCCUUUUUGCUUUAUUUUCCUGAUAUCUACAUCAUCUUUUUGAGAAAGUCGAAACCAUUUUAAAUGGUAAUUUUCAUUUCUUUAUAAAAACACAGGACAAACGCCAAACGUUGGGUUUGUCUUCACCAAUUUCCUUGCUCACAAAGGCUACUAUUUGAACGUUACAACUGUUGGUACAGAACUGGUCCAAGACUCCUUUGAGUGCGCGUUCAAGUGUCUGGAGAAGGAUUCAUGUUUGUCCUUCAACCUGGCAGAUUUGGAUGAUAACAUUGACAAUCUGCUAUGUGAACUGCUUCCAUCUGACCGUUACACCCAUUCAGACAAGUUCAUCACCAACCAUCUUUGGUAUCAUCACAGUAUUGCGGUAAAAAAUUAUUUUCCUUUUUCUACUUUAUCUUUAUCAUCACGUUUUUUGUUAUUACUAUUUUUUCAUCCUAAUAAUAACUAAAAUCGGUUGCAAUCGUUUGAGCAAACUUUAUUCAAGUGUUCAAAGUUACUACAUCUCUGGUCGGAAGCCAUUUUUAAGUCGUUUUAUUGAUCCGUCAUCGAAGUUUUUUGAACUGGUUUUUAUCAAGGGAGUAAGUAAUUGAUUUUCUCGGUUUUAGUCUCCUUGUUCGAGGUUGCCCUGUCAGAACGAUGGAACUUGCGUACCUCUGUACCGGACAAACAGCUACAAGUGUCGCUGUACGAAAGCAUACACAGGAAGCCACUGCGAAAAAGGUAAAGGCUUCGGUUUCUAGAACAAUAUUUUCAAAAAUAUUUCGCGCGCGUGCCUUUCGUAUCUGAUUCCUACUGUGCCAUCAUUAUUCAUUUUCUCUGUUCUUUCUAUAUCAGUUGAUAAUGACUGCAGCUGUUCAUCAGGACCAGAAGGAAAACAGAGAUGCAAAAUAGGUCAGUUAAUAUUCCACCUUCAAGUUAUGGUAGCUUGA